CCUAUAAAUACCAUUUGACGCAUUGUAGCAAACCCUAGAACACAUUUUUCAGCAGCUGAACAAAGGCAUCGCAAUGGGGAGAAGACCGGCAAGGUGCUACCGUCAGAUCAAGAACAAGCCAUACCCAAAAUCCCGCUACUGCCGUGGUGUGCCUGAUCCUAAGAUCAGGAUCUACGAUGUGGGCAUGAAGAAGAAGGGAGUGGAUGAAUUCCCAUUCUGUGUCCACUUGGUGAGUUGGGAGAAGGAGAACGUGUCCAGCGAGGCGCUCGAGGCUGCCCGUAUUGCGUGCAACAAGUACAUGACCAAGUUCGCUGGAAAAGAUGCUUUCCACUUGAGGGUGAGGGUCCACCCCUUCCAUGUGCUGCGUAUCAACAAGAUGCUCUCAUGUGCUGGUGCCGAUAGGCUCCAAACUGGAAUGAGGGGUGCUUUUGGAAAGCCACAAGGCGUUUGUGCUCGUGUCGCUAUUGGACAGGUUCUUUUGUCUGUCAGGUGCAAGGAUGGUAAUAGCCAUCAUGCUCAGGAGGCUCUUCGUCGUGCUAAGUUCAAGUUCCCUGGUCGUCAAAAGAUUAUUGUCAGCAGGAAAUGGGGGUUCACGAAGUUCAGCCGCAGUGAUUACGUGCAAUGGAAAUCAGAGGGCAAGAUUCAAUCUGAUGGUGUCAAUGCUAAGUAUUUGGGAUGCCAUGGGCGGUUGGCAAACCGUAAGCCAGGAACUGCAUUCCUAUCUGAGGGUCCAAUGGCGAAGGAUAUUAAAGCUUGAAUCAGGAUAGAUUAUACCUGUGUUGUUCGCCUGUGACGCGAAAGUUUAAUUUUUUUUAAUUUUGGGAUAUUUUGUUAUGUUCUCUAGUCUGUAUUGUUCUUUUCUGACUAUAUCCGAAUUAUUGAGAUUCGAAUUUCGUUUUCAUGUUAUGAAUUUUGUUAAAUUUGUUUUUGGCUUU